AUGAUUUUCAAAAUAUUCAGAGUGAUAUUGAUUAUAUUAUCACUUAUUGUUGCAAUCUUACAAUUGUUUGCAAUUACCGGUUCCUACAAAAAUCAAAAUUACCUUACUGACACCUACCUUAUAAAUUUCCAUCUUGAUAAUUUGAAUUUAGGUGCAGUAAUAGACUACUCCAAAUUAACUAAAAGAGAACUCCAAGAAAUAAGUACCCCAGUUAACUACUUUGAUAAAACCAAAAAGAGAUCUCCAAGUGCUCCAUCAAAGAGAGAGGCACAAGAAUCCGGUUGGUAUUAUCUUCCAGGUUCUCAAACUACACAAAGUGCAGGUGAUUCCCAAUCUGCUUCUGUAUCAAGUGCUACAUCUGCUGCUACUUCUCACCAAACUGCCACUUCUGUCUCCAAAUGGUGGAAUCAAGCUUCUGGAACUGCUGCUGUUUCUGGUGAAAGCGAUCUCCCUGCUACUGCAACCAACGUUGGUCAAUCUGGUGAAACAACUCUUGCUAGCCAAGCUACUGAUGGUAGCUCUACAUCAGGUGGUUAUUACACCACUGUUGCCCAGGCUGUCCGUGAUUUGUUAGGUGAUGUUAGUCCUCAACAAUUAGGUAUGGCUCAAGUUUAUUCCAUUGGAUACUGGGGUUACUGCCGUGGGUAUGUUGUUCAAUCAGGAGACAACAACAAAGUUUUUGACAAUGAUCAUGUUGUUUACACUUGGUGUUCCAAAGCCAAAGUCAACUUUUUCUUUAAUCCACUUACUGUAUUUUUGGAUGAAAUGAAGAAAACCGUCAAGGGGGUUGGUAUUGAUGCUCAAUCAACAUAUAUCAGUGAAUUAUCAUACACUCAAAGAAGUGAAUUACAAGUUUUGAUUGACAGCUUACAACAAGAUGAUUUGAAUUUACCAGGUAAUCUUGAUAAAAACUUAAACACUUUGCACAAUUUGACUAGUGCUUCAUUUGGUUUAUUAUUCUCCGUUGCAAUUUUGUCAUUAAUUUCUGUUAUUAUUCAAUUAUUUGCCUUCUGUUUCUCUCCAGAAAAAUGCUGCUUAUCAUUCUUGAACUUUUUGUUCCAAAGUAUUAUUUGUUUGCUUGCAAUUGUCGGUGCUGGUAUUGCAACAGGUACUUAUCAAUAUGUUAGAAGUCAAGUUAAUGACAACACUGAUAUUUAUGGUGUCAAAUCUUUCUUAUCUGUGAAUUUCAACGCAUUCAUUUGGUCUGCUGCAGUUGCUUCAAUGUUAGUUGUGUUCUUCAACUUAUUGGGUCAUUGUUGUGGAUUAUUUGGCCACAGAAAACAUUACAGAACCAUUAGACAUGAAGAAGAACAUCAUGACGAUGACCAUGAACAUGAACACCAUGAGAAGGAGAUGUCUGAUAGUGAAUAA